AAGUAUAUUCCCAUUGAAAUUUUACAUUUUUUAGUACGCCUGGGUGACUAGGAACAGGAAAUUUUUCAACCAUGACUUCCUGUUUCACAGGAGUAUAAAUAUGAAGUAAGACAUAGGCCAAAUUCCUUUAGUCAUUCAUCACAAUGGGAAAGACCAAGGAAUAUAGCUGUGAUGUGCAUCAAAAGGUUGUUGAGCUCAAAGUUUGUUGAGUAAAUUGGGAAGUGGCUAUAACAAAAUAGCAAAAGCAUUGAAAAUGCCCAUUUCCAACAUCAUAAUUAAGAAGUUUCAGUUAACUGGAAAUGUUAUGAAUCAACCUGGAAGAGGACGUGUGUCUAUAUUGUCUCAACGCACUGUGAAGAGGAUGGUUUGAGUGGCCAAAAAAAUCUCCAAGGAUCACAGCUGGAGAAUUGCAGAGGUUAGUUGCGUCUUGGGUCCAGAAAGUCUCCAGAACUACAAUCCGACGUCAGGAAGGGUUUCAAGAGUUUCAAGGGUUUGAGAAUGUCUCACUUGAAAAACACCUUAAUUUAUAGUUCCUAGCCCAAAAGAGAAGUUUUGGGAAAUUCAUCAUGCACAUAUAUAUAAAAAAGAAUAUUUCUCUCUUCCUAACCGGCUACAGCAGCAUUUUGAAAAGUUACAGUGAAAAGAUACACCUCAUCACCUUCCACUCUCUCAGACGGAUAUUUACUGAGAGAAAAAGCAGACGGGGGAGAUGGGGAAUAUUCAGAGCAGGGGGAUGACCUCAGACAACUCCAAAAACAGGAGGCUGACUUCAUGUGAAACUGAAACUGGUUUCCUAAGUUGGAGAAACAACACUAUUCAUGGAUAUAAUCAUGAGUAGGAGUGAUGGGGGUAAAGUAGGUCAUCUGAGCUUAAUGUACAGGAUUUGUUUUAGAGAGUUGGAGUUAACCGCUGAAGAGAAACUUUAAUAACUUCUCAUCUCUCUUUGACUUUUUAAGAAGACUUGAUAACAUUUUCUUCUUCUUUCUACUUCUAAUUGUACUUAUUUUACUCAAGAAGAGCAAGAUGAAGAGAAAAGCAGGAUCUCAGUGUGUGUGAACCAGGAAAGUGUGUAUGUAGAGCUGGAGCCAGAGCUAAGGCUGACACCUUAGCUGAAGCAAGAGCCAAGGUUGGAGCCAAGAUUUCACAUGUCUCAGAAGAGAUUGACGCUGAGGGACCAUAUGCAGAGGCAGGGGCAUUCUUACAUUUUGAAGGAGGAAAAUAUGUAUUUGGAGCUGGAGCCAGAGUUAAGGUUAAUUCAAGACGAGUCAGAGCACCACGGAGCAUCGUUUCAGAUGAAGUUAACAGUCCAGAUGCUUCUGCCAGGGCUAGAGCAGGACAAGACAGAGCACCUCAGAGCAUAAAUUCAGCUGAAGCUAACAGUCCAAAUGCUUCUGCCAUGGUUGGGGCUGACACAAAAGAACUAGGAGUUAUGGUUGGAGCUGAGAUUGCAAGUGCCUCAGCAGAGAUUGACACUGAGGGAAGAUAUGCAGAGGGAGAUGGACGCAAAGAUUUUGAAGCAAAACCAAGAACACUUAAAUUUGGAGCUGGAACCAGAGCUAAUAUUAGGGCAGGACGAAUCAGAGCAACACGUGGCUCAGUAGAGAUUGACGCUGAGCGAGCAUAUGCAGAGGGAGAUGGACACAUACAUUUUGAAGCAAAGCCAAGAGCGCUUAAAUUUGGAGCUGGAACCAGAGCUAAUAUUACGGCAGGACGAAUCAGAGCAACACGUGGCUCAGUAGAGAUUGACGCUGAGCGAACAUAUGCAGAGGGAGAUGGACACAUACACUUCGAAGCAAAACCAAGAGCGCUUAAAUUUGGAGCUGGAACCAGAGCUAAUAUUAGGGCAGGACGAGUCAGAGCAACACGUGGCUCAGUAGAGAUUGACGCUGAGCGAACAUAUGCAGAGGGAGAUGGACACAUACACUUCGAAGCAAAACCAAGAGCGCUUAAAUUUGAAGCUGGAACCAGGGCUAAUAUUAGGACAGGACGAAUCAGAGCAACACGUGGCUCAGUAGAGAUUGACGCUGAGCGAACAUAUGCAGAGGGAGAUGGACACAUACAUUUUGAAGCAAAACCAAGAGCGCUUAAAUUUGGAGCUGGAACCAGGGCUAAUAUUAAGGCAGGACGAAUCAGAGCAACAUGUGGCUCAGUAGAGAUUGACGCUGAGCGAACAUAUGCAGAGGGAGAUGGACACAUACAUUUUGAAGCAAAACCAAGAGCGCUUAAAUUUGGAGCUGGAACCAGAGCUAAUAUUACGGCAGGACGAAUCAGAGCAACAUGUGGCUCAGUAGAGAUUGACGCUGAGCGAGCAUAUGCAGAGGGAGAUGGACACAUACACUUCGAAGCAAAACCAAGAGCGCUUAAAUUUGAAGCUGGAACCAGAGCUAAUAUUAGGGCAGGACGAGUCAGAGCAACACGUGGCUCAGUAGAGAUUGACGCUGAGCGAGCAUAUGCAGAGGGAGAUGGACACAUACACUUCGAAGCAAAACCAAGAGCGCUUAAAUUUGAAGCUGGAACCAGGGCUAAUAUUAGGGCAGGACGAAUCAGAGCAACACGUGGCUCAGUAGAGAUUGACGCUGAGCGAGCAUAUGCAGAGGGAGAUGGACACAUACAUUUUGAAGCAAAGCCAGGAACACUUAAAUUUGGAGCUGGAACCAGAGCUAAUAUUAGGGCAGGACGAGUCAGAGCAACACGUGGCUCAGUAGAGGUUAACGCUGAGCGAACAUAUGCAGAGGGAGAUGCACACAUAGAUUUUGAAGCAAAACCAAGAGCGCUUAAAUUUGAAGCUGGAACCAGGGCUAAUAUUAGGGCAGGACGAAUCAGAGCAACACGUGGCUCAGUAGAGAUUGACGCUGAGGGACCAUAUACAGAGGGAGAUGGACACAUAGAUUUUGAAGCAAACCCAAGAACACUUAAAUUUGGAGCUGGAACCAGAGCUAAUAUUAGGGCAGGACGAGUCAGAGCAACAUGUGGCUCAGUAGAGAUUGACACUGAGGGACCAUAUACAGAGGGAGAUGGACACAUAGAUUUUGAAGCAAACCCAAGAACACUUAAAUUUGGAGCUGGAACCAGGGCUAAUAUUAGGGCAGGACGAGUCAGAGCAACAUGUGGCUCAGUAGAGAUUGACACUGAGGGACCAUAUACAGAGGGAGAUGGACACAUAGAUUUUGAAGCAAACCCAAGAACACUUAAAUUUGGAGCUGAAGCCAGAGCUAAUAUUACUGCAGGACGAAUCAGAGCAACACGUGGCUCAGUAGAGAUUGACGCUGAGGGACCAUAUGCAGAGGGAGAUGCCCACAUACAGUUCGAAUCAAACCCAGGAAUGCUUGGAUUUGGAGCUGGAGCCAGAGCUAAGGCUAGUGCAGGACGAGUCAGUGCAACGCAGGACGACGUUUCAGCUGAAGCUAACGGUCCAAAUGCUUCUGCCAUGGUUGUGGCUAACAACAGAGAAGUAGCAGUCAUGGUUGGAGCUGAGAUUGCCAGUGCCUCAGUUUCAGCAGGUCCAGUUGGAGUGAAGGUUGGUCUUGGGGUUGAAACAGGUGCUCACAUCGGCCCCAAUGGCACAGAAGUAAAAGUUCUGGGCUGUGGCUUGUCAGUCGGCAGCACGAUGGGAGUUGCUGUUUUUGGAAACGAAUUGAAAUUGAAGUUAUGGUAAAAGUAAUUUAACAGUUAAAGUAAGUGAUUGUUGUUAAUUGAUCUUCUUUGACUUGUUACAUUCAUACACUGACUAAAUUUCAUGACGUGUGGCUCUGAGUUCUUUAUACAGUUCUUUAUACAACUGUCCUGCACAUAUUAUCAAUUACAGAUUUCACUGCCAGCUUAUUUAACAGCUCUUUGCUCAGAUAGUAAUGUAUUGUACCAGUUCUUACAAAAUCUGAUUUAAAAAUGUGAUGAUACAGAUCAACAGCUUAGGCAAUUCCCUGCCCUCCCUUGAACUGCAAGCAUUUUAGUUUGUCUCUGUAGUUUCCUGUUUGUAUGUUUGGAUAAAGAGCAUAUGGACCUUAGCUUUGUGAAGCCUUACAGUUUGUUUACAGAUUACAGAUUAUCUGGGUAUGACUGCACUCUUUUUUAAUGGCAAAAUGAAGCUUUCUGAAGCAAUGAAGCUUUUCUCCCAAAACUAAAAAAAAAAGUUAAUUACAUGAAGCUGUGUGUGGUAGUGGCAUCUUGUGGUCAAAAUCAUGAAGUGCAGUUCCUAGAGGAUGCUGCAUUCCAAUGCUUUGAAAAUAUUUUUUAACUUUUUAGUGAUAACUGGAAAAAAUAAGUAAAAACUUGUGUAUUGCACUUAAUAAACAAAAGGCAAACCUCUUAUAUAUGUUUUGUUUCAUGGUGCAGUACAAUUUUUUUUUAUAAAUAGAUAACCUUUUUUGUUGAUAUCAGUUAAAACAUUUUCUUGAACUUCAGAACAGCUUCAUUUUUUGUUGGUUCCAUAACUACAAAGUAUGUGUGUAUUGAUAAUCACUGUAACUAACUCAAACCACUAUUUCUUGAAUGACCUUUAAAACAUGUGCCACAGUUUGCAUUUCUUUUGAAUCAUUUUCCAAAGAGUUUCAGUGUCGAGGGUGACAUCACUCCUGCCGUGCCUUGCCUCACUGUUGACUUUAUCUGGCCCUCUGGAUUUUUUAUUGCAUAUGAUUGUCCAGAUUACUGACCUUGCCUUGACCAUGUUUUUUUUAAUUGUUUUAGACUGUAUUUGCUCAGUGCCUUUUGCUGUUUAAUCUGGAAUGUUUUGAUGUUAAUUUUGCAAUAAACCAAUAUCUAGCAGAUGUAUCCAUAUAA